AUGCCUUCCAGGGACGAUAUUCGCUCCCUAUCCACUGAGCAACGCUGGAUCCCUCCUUCAACUGUUAGACGCGAUGCACGUACCCAAGAAAGCAGAAAUGAUCUCAUCUUUAGAAAGGUUCGGGGUAUUCUUAAUAAGCUUACGCCGGAAAAGUUCGCAAAGCUGAGCAACGACCUGCUCAACGUUGAGCUCAAUUCUGAUCUGAUUCUUAAAGGUGUUAUUUUCUUGAUCUUUGAAAAAGCGCUUGAUGAACCUAAGUACAGUUCUAUGUACGCACAGCUGUGCAAACGGCUGUCAGACGAAGCUGCAAACUUUGAACCUCGAAAAGCUCUUAUCGAAAGUCAAAAAGGCCAAAGCACGUUCACGUUUCUACUCCUUAACAAGUGCAGAGACGAAUUUGAGAAUCGUUCGAAAGCUAGCGAAGCAUUCGAGAGCCAGGAUGAACUCGCCCCGGAGGAAGAGGAACGCCGACAGGUGGCCAAGCGAAAGAUGCUCGGCAACAUUAAAUUCAUCGGAGAACUUGGUAAGCUUGGGAUCGUGUCGGAACCGAUAUUACAUCGCUGCAUCCAGCAAUUACUCGAGAAGAAAAGACGAGGGGGAUCCCGGGGGGACACCGCCGAGGAUAUCGAGUGUCUCUGCCAGAUCAUGCGUACCUGCGGCCGUAUCCUUGACUCGGAUAAAGGUCGCGGACUCAUGGAUCAAUAUUUUCGACGUAUGAAGUCACUGGCAGAGAGCAGCGAUCUUCCUCUACGCAUCAAGUUUAUGCUGCGUGAUGUCAUUGAACUACGCCGCGAUGGAUGGGUACCACGCAAGGCAACUAGCACCGAAGGUCCAAUGCCUAUCAAUCAGAUCCGCAGUGAUAAUGAUGAGUUUUUGAGAGGUAAUGGCUUCCAUAGACGAGAGGAUCGCCUCGGACCGGAGUUCUUAAGAAAGAUGGGACGCGGCGGAUUAGACAUGGACAUGAUGGGAAGUAUUCCGCUGACUUCACCGUCGUUUGGCAUGUCAUCUCCAUUCAGCCCGAACGGAUUCUCAGGAAGUUCCGGGGUCGCUUAUGGUCGUCACAAUCAACGUAACCAGCCGGGUUACUAUCAGAACCAGAAUCGUCACCAGAAUAACUAUCAAGGGAAACAUAAUCAACAGCAACACAACUCGCAGCAAAACUUUAACAACAACAGCAAUAAAGAACAAUUACGCUUCAACAAGAACAAGAUGUUGAUCGGACAUCCAGAAGAGGUGUCACUUAGACCAUCAGCUAAUUCUAUGAUGUUCAAACAAACCAACAUCAAUCCUAAUCUACCUCUGAACAGUGAUCUGUUCCCAGGAAGAGCAUCAGAAUUGCCUCUGUUACGUACUAACCCACUGAAGCCCAACUCGCCACUAUUGCACAAGGAAUUGCCGCCAGCGAUCGUGAUCAAGCAAGGUCCAGUGGACAAACGGGAGAAAGCCAGGGACAGAAAGGAUAAAGGAAUUUCUAGGGAGGAGAUAUUGAAGAAGGUGAACGCGUUGAUGGACGAUCUUGCGACACACGGAAACAUACAGGAUGUGGUCACGACUUUCCAAGAUCUUAAGAUACCAGAACGAUUGUUGCGUCAUGCUGUGUACACUUUGCAUUCGAAUACGCUGGACCGUGGUGACACUGAACGCGAGCUCGCUGCCAAGUUCGUGGUCGAGCUGGAGAAAGCGGAAGCGGUGACCGCGCAGCAGAUACACGAGGGCUGGAAAGAGUUAGUGUCGAAUAUACCAGAAAAAGAGAGUACCGUGCCUUGUGUAGCGUCUCACGUAGCCUACCUAACAGCCAAGGCUAUCGUCGAUAAUCUAAUCCAGUUGUCUGACCUGGUCGCCGUCACCGAGAACGGCCAGCACCACCCGUUGUUUUUACUUACUCUUCAACAGUUGCAUAAGAGCCAGGGUAAAGCGAGGCUCACGCAGAUCUUCAACGAGAGCAAAGUGAAUCUGAUCAGCCAGCUACCGGAGGCGGAUAAGACAAAGGAGAGGCUGGCAGAGAUCCUCGAGGACCGAGAGUUGACCUUCCUUUAUCCGCUCCUUAAGAUCCAAGGAGACAUCUGGCGCCAACUGGAAAACGAUCCGAACCCGAAUACUCUUUACAAAUGGAUCAAGGAGAAGCUAGAACCCUCGCAUCACACCGAUUCCGAAUUCAUUAACGCUCUAAUGAACGUUCUUCUCAAGUACAUUACGCAGGAAACAAUAUUGGCACCUGGCGUUGAUCCAUCUAACGUAGGCAAAGCAGCGAUAGAUAAGGAAAAGGCAUUACUGGAAAAAUACGCACGCCUGAUGCGCUCGCUCUUUGUCGAUAUAGAGUCUCAAAUGACAGCUCUCCAUGCGCUUCAAACAUUUUGGUUCUCGCACAAUUUUCCAAAAGGGAUGCUACUACGAUGGUUCGAUGGGCUUUACCGGCUAGAAGUGAUCGAGGAGGAUGCCUACUUCAAGUGGAAGGAGUGUGUCACCGACGCUUAUCCGGGGAAAGGGAAAGCACUGUUCGAGGUGAACAAUUGGUUAACGUGGCUAGACACCGCGUCCACAGAGGAGGAAAGCGACGAUCAUAACGACGAUGACGACAACAACAAAAACUACCGGAUGCAAAAGCUCUGAGAUGGGAAACUACGCUGUUCAGGCUACCACUACCUAUAAUUUGGAAUAGGGUUUUACUAUUUAUAAUUACUGAGCCAGGCGGUUUCAGUUCACUGCUAAUUGAGUUCUCUCUCCAUCCAAUGCCACAAACGUCUUGUUAGUCUGUGUGUCAAACCCUCGCGCAAACAAAUAAAGAAGAGGAGGAGAAAUAAGGAAGAGAAGGAGGAUGAAGAGGGCAGGACUGUUUUACAAUCAAAAUGUCCAACAGAGAGAGAGGAGGAGCCGGGGCAAUUAGUUUAUGAUUUCUUUUGUUCGCAGCCAAUCGAGUGGUUUGCCGACAGACUUGAAUCGAAGCAAGAAUGUUUUAGAAUGUUUUUAGAUAAUUGAAUAUUCAUAUACAUACAUACAUACACACAGAAAUCAUAUAUAUGUGUGAUAUAUAUGAUUUAUAAUCAUAUCGGGCCAGCAGAUACCUACAUAUACACACACACGUACACACACGGGCGAGUACGCGACGCCCGCACGCGUGCACGCCGCUGUAUGAACAUCGGUGCAAUUCAAAAAAAUGAAAACUAGAAAGAAAAAAUAUGAAUUUAGUCUGGUGAAUUUGUGUUGUCGAAGUUUUUCUCUAGUAUUGUGCAUGUGUCACGUUUUUGUACGUCUUUUUGUCUGCGGCACCAGUGAGUCGCUUGUUAUCUCUGUGUACCAGCUUUUACAUUUAUUAUGAAGAAUUAUUAUUAUUAUUAUCUCUUAUUAUUAUUAACUAUUAUUAUUAUUAUUAUCGCUACUAUAUAAUUGAUCGCCAACAAUCGAAAGAAUACAUCAUCUUACCUUCCAACAAAAAGAAAACGACAAAAAAAAGCUAAUAAAUAGGGGAGGAAAAACGAUUCGAUCAGAACGAAAAAAAAAAGAAUGUGAAAUGAACAGGACUCAGAAAUAAUAGUAUAUAUACGUGCAUAUAUAUACGUACAUACAUAUAUAUAAUAAUAAUAAUAAUAUGCGAAGCGUGUGAUCAUCGAGUUAUUCUCUUCGAAGUUAAAGAAACAAGCAAAAAAAAAUACAAAAAUGGAUUUGUAGAUAUUGGAAUCGAAAAAGAAAACUGGAAAAUGAACAAAAAAAUGGAUUAAUAACGCUGAGUCGCGAAGCUCUUAAAUAACGCCAAUCGAAAACAAAAAAACAAUACCAUUUUCUUCUUUGCCAAUGCGCGCGUAUUACUUACUUGCUCCAUCGAUUUUCGAAGGGAAAGAAAUAAAAUAGGCGAAUUUAAUGACCGUUGAUUAACAACCAGCAGUCACAACAUCAUAGAAAAGAAGAGCUCGCUUGACGCGUGGCUAACGGAGAAAAAAAAGAGUAUAAUGAUAAUGAAAUGAAAAAACGAUGAACGUUUAGCGACACGACUUUAACAAUCGUAUUUAAAUGAAGAAAAACGGAAUAAACGUACCUUGGUGUAAUUUAUUACAGAUGGCCCCCUGGUUGUUCUGUCGAUGACCAUAGCCACACACUCUUUACCUUCUCAUCUCCUGUAGUUGUUCUCCUUAGAAGAUUCUAUUCGCCGAUAUUGUCACGAUCAUAUUCUUUUCUUUAUCGGUAGACUGCGGAUCUUUAUGCGAACCUGAAAUUAUCCUGCAUCGAUUGCGAGAAAUAAAUGUAAAAUAGAACGAUUUUUCGUUUCUUCUCAACAAAUUUAAACACUGAAGGAACGAGAAAACACAGUGACUCAGAUUUGUUCACAGAGACAUGUUACAUUUAUUUGAUCAAGAAUUGUAUAUAAAAUUUCAAAUUUUGUGUUAGGAUUAAUGUAAAAUGCACCACAAAGGGAUGUCAAAGUGGGAAGCGACGAAAAUAAAUGUAUAGGUGUUUGACAAAAAUUUGUAUACUGAGUUUUUAUUUGAAAAGUAUGUGAACAGAUGUAGAGUUACUGUGUAUGCGGACAUUCUGUUAUUUAAAUGAUUAUAAAUUGUUGGCGAUUUUAAGAAUUAGAUGCAGUUAAUGCAUAAAAUCCGCAGUUUAUUGAUAAGCGUAUGCGUGGAAACCUUCAGGCCGACACGACACUGUUCACAGCGUUCAAAGAAACAUAAAA